UCAGAGAAAUGAUUCCUUUGUUUGGAGUCUUCAGAUUGCUCCUCAUCGGGAUUAUAGUUGGAACAGAUAUGGGAUUUGCUCUGUAUAGAAGAUUUAUCGCUCCUGUGAAUGGGCCUCAACUUUUAGUGCUAAGAUGGCAGAGUAACCAUGGGAGACUGGAAUUUUCUUGGAGGCAUCUUGGAGGAGGUCCACAUUCAUUCCACUAUUAUUGGAAAGGUCUGGUUAACUAUCCUAUUCAUAUUUCGAAUGCUUGUCCUAGGUGUGGCAGCUGAAGAUGUCUGGAAUGAUGAGCAGUCAGAAUUCAUAUGCAAUACAGAGCAACCUGGCUGCAGAAAUGUUUGCUACGACCAGGCCUUUCCUAUCUCUCUCAUAAGAUAUUGGGUCUUGCAAGUUAUAUUUGUAUCUUCACCUUCCUUGGUCUAUAUGGGCCAUGCUUUAUACAGACUAAGAGCCUUAGAAAAAGAGAGACAAAAGAAGAAGGCACAAGUAAGAAUGGAACUUGAAGGAGUUGAACUAGAAAUGACUGAAGAUCGGAAAAGACUGGAGCGAGAACUCCGGCAACUGGAGCAAAGAAAGCUCAACAAAGCACCCCUGAGAGGCUCCUUGCUCUGCACUUAUGUGAUACAUAUUUUUACUAGAUCUGCAGUUGAAGUUGCGUUUAUGAUUGGCCAAUAUCUUCUUUAUGGUUUUCAGCUCAAUCCUCUUUAUAAAUGUCAGAGAGAGCCAUGUCCAAACAUAGUUGACUGUUUUAUAUCAAGACCAACAGAAAAGACAGUGUUCCUAUUAUUUAUGCAAUCAAUAGCAAUUGUAUCAUUGUUUUUAAACAUCUUAGAAAUUGUCCAUCUAGGGGUCAAAAAAAUUAAAAAGGGACUUUGUGGGCCUGAUAAAAACAGGGAUGACUUUGAUGAUUUCUAUGUAAGUAAAUCCAAGAAAAACUCUGUAAUACCCCACCCUUGUAUGGGAACAUCCGCAACUCCACAAAAAACUCUCCCUUCUGCCCCUAGUAGUUAUACCCUGUUAAUAGAAAAACAAACUUACACAGCAGGCCAUGAUGUUCUAAAUUCAUCUUCUGCAUUCCAAUCUGUUAAAAACAACCAUACUGAAAAUAGCAACAAUCACAUUCAUGAUGAAAGGGAAAGUAAAUUGCCAGAUGAGAUGCAAACUUCUAAUACUUUGGACCGUCAUCCUCGAAAUACCAGCUCAAAUAAUAAUGAAGGCUUAAGCAAGGUAUUUGGGACAGAAAUUAAUGGUAGUCAGCAACAAGAUGAAAAGAAACAUUGCCUCAGUGGCAUGCAUUCUAAUCUAGUUGCUGCUUCAGGUCUGUGCUUGGGAAGCCUGGCUGAACUGCCACCUGGAAGUUCAUUGCAACCGGAUAUGACUUCCCCUAUUUCAAUUAACUGUGCUCGAAAGCUUCGUGGCGUCAGUUCCCCAUGGAACUGUUCUACAGUAGUUGAGAGUGAAGGGUCUCCAACAGAUUCUCCUUCCAUGAGCAGCAACCGAGGACAAGACAACUUCAGUGGAAGCAGAGCCCAAGGCCUUUCCAAGACUGACCUAAGAAAAAUUGGCAGACCAGACACUCCUGAUUCUCUAAGUGAGCUGAGCUCAGAAUCCAAACAGAGCAGAAAUUGUGAAAGUCCUCAGGCUUUUUCUCCCUCUCGGCGAAUGUCAUUGGCAAGUAAUGCCAGCAGCAGGCGUGCUCCCACCGAUCUUCAGAUCUAAGUGUUUGUUACCUUACCUAUAUGUUACAUGCAUGAGCACUGAGGGAAAUAGUGGCAUUAUUGGACACUGUCACAUGAAUUAUACCUAUUUGUAAUUGUAGUUAAGUUAAUCAACUUCCACCAGCUCUUUCACGGAGGUAAUGCAAAGAACUGUACACCCUUGUGCAGUAGUUGAUAAGAACUCUUGAAAUGAGAAAUUGAUAAUAAAAAAAUUAUCUGCUCUAUUAGAUUUUAGUCAUCUUUUUAUUAAAUCUAAUAGAGCAGAUAAUUAUUAAGAUGACUUAAAAUCUAAUACAGCAGAUAUCCCCAUUAUCUUUCCUGUUCCUAAAGCAAACAGAUGUCAAAGUAACUUUUAAUUUAACCCAGUAAUUCCUGUAUCAAGUCCAUCCAAGUUCAGCCUCAAAAAUCUAUGGAUCAGUGCAAAAAAAAUUUGGGGGUGGGGGGUGGAAGAAAAGUGAUGGAGAGAGGAGCCAUCUUUGUGUGGCAGCCUUGUGCCUCUUCAUUGCCUCUUUUCACCCUCACUCCCACAUAGCUCCAUGCCAGGGGGACUGUGCUGACAGGGAUUCGCUUGCUGCAGUUGCCUCUGAAAAGCACCUUAGUGGGGGUUCCACAUCAAAGAUGGGGAACAUGUAUUUUUUGUUUGUUUUGUUUUAGUGGGGAAAUACUGAAAAGAAUGGACCUCUACUGCCCCCUCUCUAGAUGUGUGGAAUCCACAUUCCACAAAGCACCUGUGAAAUAUAAAAGGGUUUAUGUGAGGAUGCGGAGAAGUGAGCACUAUUCCACGUAGACUGCAUGCUCCCAGGGAGCAGCCCCAGUUGUUUUGCUGGCCAGGGUGGAAAAUGUUUUCAGCACCCUCUCUGCCUAAGCAGUGGAGCAUCAAAAAAAACAAAAACAAAGCCAAACACCCUGUCCCCCCCAAAAACUAGAAAAGCCAAGUGUUGACACAGCCCCCUGGAAAAUUGGGGCCCAGGGCAAUUGAUCUGCUCACCCACCCCUAGAACAGGACAUACAUGCUCUCCUCUGUGCCUCCCUGAGUUAAAUUCACAGUUUUGAGCAAUAUUUCCAUAACUGAUAGUGCAACAUCAAGGUUAAAACAAGAACAACAACAAAAGCUAGGAAAUUGAAAAGUAAUUUUUCUUUUAGCAUUAGGCAUGUUGCACAUGCUGAAGUAUGUACUAUUCUUGUGUAUCUUGUUAAAUCUAUCUACCUUAGGUUUUUCUUUGGUGUCUAUCACUUUAGCAUCUGAGGUAAACACAUAGUUGUCUGUUAUUCUAUUGAUAUUGCUAAAUGAUUACCUUACCAUAUACAGGAUGUGCAAUAUGUUCCAUUAACAAUCAUGUAGUAAUCUUAACUUUUGCAUUUUCUGACUUUUAAAAUUUUAAUUGGGAAUACUUAUAUUUGCAAUAAUGUAUGUGUUUUGCAUUUAAUUUCCUGAUUUUUAAAAGAAAAAAUGCCUCUGCUUAAUGCACUCCUUUUGCACUGUUUAAAUAAUACAUAAGUAGCAAUAAUGUUACUUUUUAAAUGGUUCCGAUUGGGCUUUGAAGUUCAUAUCUCAGUUCACUGAAUUGUGCAGAAGUCCGUCAAAGAGUUUAUAUCCUGCUGCUUCUGUUUGGAGAUAGUUUACUGCAAGGAUGUGUCACAUAGUAAUGGCUGCAUACAGUAUCUUUUCAAUGGAAAAACAAACAUGAAAUUUAGCUAACAUUAAAACUUAAGAAUUUGCAGAAUAUGGCAGAAUGCAACAGAAAUUGUUGAAAGACCCAAAAAUAAAAUGGGUGUUAUUUUCACAUCCAGGAUUUUGUCCUAGUCCUGCUAAUGAUAAUAAUGAUUUCUAGAUCUUAUAUAAUGCUUUUCAUCAGUAUACCACAAAGCACUUUACAAACGAGAUAAAUAUUAUUAUCCCCAUUUUACAGAUGGAGAAACAGAGGGCAAAGCACUGAUUUUUUGCAAGGUAUUUGAGUGUGCAUAAUUCUUUAGUUUCCCCCGCAUGGAGCUCUCCAGCUGAAAUCUAUUCCCCAGAGUGGUGGAGAUAUUUCAGCCAUGUAUAACUUUAUUAAUAUUAACGCAAAUUAUUAUUCAAACCUGGUCAUGAUCAUAUUGAAGUGAACACUAUUUACAUCCCAAGUGUCAAAGUUCAUCUAUUUGUGUGUUCAUGUGGGAAUGAUUUUUU